UCAGGUUCGCUGUCUACUGGUAACGGUGAGUUUGGUGACUGGAACACCUUCUCUUCCACCAGUCCUCCUGCUGUCACUGCUCAGUCUGCCAUCCCAGACCUGUUCAGUGACAUACCCACUCCAGCCGCCCCAGUGCCCACAUCCACCCAACCGCCUUCCGCUGACCUCUUUGACCUGAUGGCCCCCAACAACAGCAGCCUCAGCGCAUCCCAAAGCAUGCCCUUCAACAUGUGCCCGCAGAAUGCAACCACACCUCUGUCCAGAUCGCAGACAAUAGGAGGUCCGUUAUUUCCCCAGCAGAUGGGACUGCAGAAGUCAGGCGGGAAGGUAUCAAUGCCUGCCACCUGGUCAGACCCAAGCGUGAACAUCAGCCUGGAUUUCCUGUCGGCAGGCCUGAACCCUCCCAAACCCACACAGCCCACACUCAACACCAUGAUGCAGCAAGGUGUCCAGCCACCAUUGAAUAUGGUCACCCAGAAUUUCACCGGAAUGACACUGAAUGCCCAGCCCUCAGCUGCCGCUCCCAGACCAGGAGUGAACCCCAUGAUGGCAGGGGGGACCUUGAGCAUGGCAAUGCCUCCUACUAUGGCGACGGGCACUGUGGGAGUGGGCUCUGUGGGUACUGGAGGAAUACCUGUCAAUCAAGGACUCAUGGGCAUGAAUAUGAUGCCUGCUGGAAUAGGCCUGCAAGGUGCCCUCGGCAUGCCCAGCAUGGGGAUUGGCCAGGCCAUGAACCCCACCAUGGUGCAACCUAAACAAGAUGCCUUUGCAAACUUUGGCAACUUUGGGAAAUGAAUGGUGAUCCACUCCAACAGAGUUAACAGUCCAAAUACACCUUCUCAAAAGAAGGAGCUGCAUCCAGUAAAAUGGACAAAACUGACAAAACUAGCCCGUGUCACGACUCUUCAAUCAUUUGUCCUUAUUCGUUAACAGAUACAGAGAAACAAAUCAAACA